CAGUUUUCUCUGGAGGGUUGUGAGGGCCGCCAGCAGGUGGCACCACAGGGAGUUCCACCUUGCCGGAAACACACAGAUGACAAAAUACUGGCAGAUGCCUCAGUAAAGUUUAUUAUUCUACGCCUCAGGUGACCUCAGUCUCGGCACAAUGUCGAGCAUAAAACAGGUGAUCAAUGAUGCAGUGGAGAAAGGUGAGGCUGUCUUUGAAUUGGUGGAGAUUUCGAGCGCUUCAAUGAGGCUAUCAUUUGACCAAGUGCGACAGCCUAACCCCAUACGCCUACGAGACCUCAUACGACAGAUUCGCUCUGCCAAGACAGCCGCAGAGGAGAGAGCAGUUGUGAAUAGGGAGUGUGCCUACAUUCGUCUUACAUUCAGAGAGGAAGAUUCUGUAUGGAGAUGUCGCAAUGUUGCCAAACUUUUGUACAUACAUAUGUUAGGAUAUCCUGCUCACUUUGGUCAGAUGGAAUGCCUUAAGUUAAUUGCAUCGCCACGUUUCACUGACAAACGUAUAGGUUACCUUGGAGCCAUGUUACUCCUGGAUGAACGGCAAGAUGUACAUCUGCUUAUUACAAAUUCCCUCAAGAAUGACUUGAAUUCAUCAACACAGUUUGUACAAGGCUUGGCACUCUGUACUUUAGGAGCUAUUGCCUCUCCUGAAAUGUCCCGUGACCUUGCGGGAGAAGUGGAAAGACUCCUAAAAUCCUCCAAUGCGUAUAUUCGUAAAAAGGCUGCAGUUUGUGCUUUGCGAAUUAUCUGCAGGGUGCCAGAACUAAUGGAGAUGUACCUGCCAGCCACACGCUCGCUCCUUUCUGAAAAGAAUCAUGGUGUGCUGAUUACAGGUGUGACACUCAUCACAGAGAUGUGCCGCCAAUCUCCAGAUAUGCUUGCUCACUUCAAAAAGGAUCCCGAGCACUCAGAGAUUGUUCCAAACCUGGUGCGUAUCCUCAAGAACCUGAUCAUGGCUGGCUACUCUCCCGAGCACGAUGUUCAAGGUGUUUCAGAUCCUUUCCUGCAGGUCAAGAUUCUAAAGUUAUUGCGGAUCCUAGGUUGUGGCGACAGUGAAGCCUCUGAAACCAUGAAUGAUAUUUUAGCACAAGUGGCCACCAAUACUGAAUCCUCAAAAAAUGUGGGAAAUGCCAUUCUAUAUGAAACUGUACUUUCUAUAAUGGACAUUAAAAGUGAAAGUGGAUUAAGGGUUCUGGCAAUCAAUAUUCUAGGAAGAUUUUUGCUGAAUGCAGAUAAGAACAUCCGUUAUGUGGCACUGAAUACCCUCCUCCGGGUUGUACAUGCUGAUAAUUCUGCCGUCCAGCGCCACCGUUCUACCAUCUUGGAGUGUCUAAAAGAUGCUGACAUCUCAAUUCGGCGACGAGCAAUGGAGUUGUGUUUUGCACUGAUCAAUGGCAAUAAUAUUCGUACUAUGAUGAAGGAAUUAUUGACAUUCUUGGAGAAAGCGGAACCAGAGUUUAAGGCCUCGUGUUCAUCCAAAUGUGUGUUGGCAGCAGAAAAGUACUCUCCUAAUGUUCGAUGGCACAUAGACACACUGCUCAAAGUCGUGGAAGCUGCUGGAAACCAUGUACCAGAUGAUGUGGUGUCAUCCACCAUACAGCUAAUAUCAGAGACACGGACAGAACAAGCAUAUGCAGUUGGGGAGUUGUGGCGACACCUAUCAAUUGCUCAGAUGGAAUACCAGCCAAUGAUCCAAGUAGCCACUUGGUGUAUAGGGGAAUUUGGUGAUUUAUUAUUAAGUGGUCAUGCUGAUGUAACUGUUGUGGAAUCUGAGUUGAUAGAUAUUUACCAGAAAAUUUUGUGGUCAUCACAGUGUUCUAUUACUACAAAGGAAUAUGCCCUCACCUCAUUAAUGAAACUCUCAGCGAGGCUCACACACGAAAUUGGAUCAAUACAACAAGUUGUUAGUGCUUUCGGAUCUCACCUGAACAUUGAGUUGCAACAAAGAGGAAUAGAAUACAGCCAGCUCUUCACAAGACACAACCAUAUGCGAGGGCCUCUUUUAGAACGAAUGCCUCCAUUUGAAGGAACAAGAGCAGGUACAGAGCAAGACAAAGCUACCAUCACCAAUGGAGUUGACACACCACUUGAUAAUGAGUCACUUCUCAAUGACUUAACAUCACCAAACAACAAUGCUCAUGAAACAAGUGAAUCGAAUGCACUACUUGACCUACUGGGGGGGAUGGAGCCAGGAGACAGUGAUACCAUCAAGUCAACUAGCACAUCGAUUUCUCUCACUGUUGCCUCAACUCCUUCAGUUAAUGCUGAUAUAUUGGACUUAUUAGGAGGGUUGGACUCUGGCCCUGCAGCAUCAGUACCAACCACCAAUAUGAAUGAAGCCCCCCCAACCCAGCUACCCAAUUCUAGUAAUGCUGCCUACCUACUAGAUGGCCUGCUCAAUAACUCAACCCCUAUAAUUUCAUCUCCCAGCUCUCCGGUCACAAACUCUGCAGGCACCAUUCCCACCAGUAACUCAAUUUACCCAUUAGUCCUCCAAAAGUCAAGUAUACCUGGUAUCACUGCAUAUGAUAAAAAUGGAAUACGAUUGGAUAUGGCAUUUGAGUUGCAGGAAACCCUCAUUACUAUCAACUUGAUAGCAUCUAACAACACUGGAGCACAGGUCACAGACUUCCUCUUCCAAGCUGCUGUACCCAAGUCAAUACAGCUGCAGAUGUUGAAUCCCAGUGGAACUAAUAUGGCUCCAACUGCUUCAUUGACUCAACUGAUCAAGGUUAACAACCCUAACAAGGUGCCACUGAGGAUGAGAAUAAAAUUAUCAUGGUUAGCUAAUGGGUCACCUGUUCAAGACCAGGGAGAAAUUAGCAAUUUUCCUUCAGCACUAUGGCAGUGACACUACCCAUACUUCCAUUACCCUAGCUACCACAUUCACCUUUCUCCUGGCUCCCUCUUUUCAUCCCGUGUAUACAUCCCAGGUUUUAGCGUACCUGUGUCCUAUCUUGCUCUUUGUCUUGGUCUACCCAGAAUUGCAUUGGCUUCUGAGUAUUCAAAGAGCCAUUUUCUCAGCAAUCCAGUUAGAGUUUCAACCAUAAUUAAUUUGAUCAUUGCUCGGGAAUCUUCCACAUUUCUGUCAUCGUUGCCAUCGUGUAUUUCAUCAAAUGUCAUUUAUGGAAUUUUUUUCUCCCUUAUAUCAUUAAUAAUUAUGAAAAUAUUUAUUUACAUUUUUUCUGUACAACUUCUCUGUUCUCUAAAUUUAUUAAUUCAUAGCCUCAAGUGGUUAGUAAUACACUGGUUCUAUCAAAGAAUCUCUAUCUCUUCUUGUUCACUAGUUAGUAUUCAUCCAUUACAACUUGUUUUUCCUUCUGUAUGUAUCUUAUCCUCACCAAACAGGACAACAAAAUUUUGGUUCUUAUUCCCCUCAGUAUGUUGUAAACCUGCACAGAGUCAUCUAUCAGCUAAUUUAUUUGUUUUAUUGCAAGUGUUACAUUCACCUUAUGCCUUAAUGGCAUCCUUCCCGUCCUUCCUCCUCCACUGCAUAAAUGUAUCAUACCCACACUGUGUACCAUUAAUGAUGAGGUGACAGUGAUGAGGAUUUGCAGUCUGCAAUCAGUUUUGUUGUCUCUUGAAUGUCAGUUGGAAUUCAGUUUAACAUCUUUAUAAUACAUAGAAUUUGUUUGAUUUUAAUAGUGUCCAUAAUUUUUUGAAUCAAGAAUAUAUAAAAUAAAGUGAAAAGUACAGUAUGUGUACAUAUAGUAGAUGCCCACAUAACAAGGUAGUUGUGUUCCUGAAAACUCUCUUAAGCGAAUUCUGUUUUACAUGAAGUGAAAAACUUGUUUGAAAGAUUACCAAAAAUGCCAAGGAAAUUGUUUACUAAAUGUCAAAAGAAACUGCUAUUUUUCUUAAUUUAAAAUUCUAGUUACUGUUUCUUGUUGAAAUGCAACUAUGUGACAAGUUAAAAUUCCUUACAUAAUCAUGUGACAGGCUACUGCCACUACUAUCACUGUCUAUCAGCAUUGGCAAAAUUAAUUCUCAUUUCCAUAAUAGAUUGUUCCAGACAUAUAGGAACUUGUAUGCCUAUAUCAGAUAUAUACUAAAGGUGAUUGUAUUUAAAAAAAAAAAUAGACAAGAAGCAUAUAGUUGUAUUAUAAUUGUGUUUUUGUUAAUGUUGGGAGUUUUUGAAGGUCACCAUACACACAAACACACUCACUGAAAGUCCCUCCUUGCUGAAAGUCCCAGCUAUGAUGCAGACUUUUUGACACCUUGUAUUGGAAACUAACUUAUUGCUCUAAUUAUAUUUUACCUUCAACACACACCACUACCCCCAUUAACCCUUAUUCUUGCUCACUCCACUAACCCUUACUUUUGCACACUCCUGUUCCACUCUUGUUCCUGACUUCUGCAUAUUCCUUCUUUAGCACAGCCCAUGCUGCAGUGCUGCAUGACCAUUCUGAAUUUAGGACUUAGUUUGAUGAUUGUUAUUAUUAUUGAGGCCCACCAUAGCUUAUGUCAUAUUCAACCCUUCUUUCAGUCAUGUGGUGGACUGAUAAAGCAACAGUUGGGAUGACCCUUAAACCCAACAGUAACAAAUGUUUUUCGUGAGAAUCAUAUUUUCACUCCACAACUUUCUUGUUAAAUAACUUUUUUCAGUCUUUAUAUUAUCAAUUACCAACAUACCAACUGUUGACAGAUGUAUAAAUGCAACUAAGAUAGGUAAAUGACUGUUAAAGGCAUGGGAAUGUAUAAUUACAAUGUAAUUUUAGGUUAUUAAUUUUCACCACCCCACCUUCAUUAUAAACCUGAAAUACCUUAAUUUCAUUAGAUGCCAUAAGAGUUUCAGGCUUAAUUUUCUUGGCAUCUCUAGCAUCACUGGUAUUCCUCUUGGGUGCCAUAGUUAAUAUUCAGAGACAGGAUAGAUUGAUGAAAAUGUCAAAAAAUUCAUUGAAUAACUAGGCUAAAUAAGAACUUGGCAUGCAUGCAUGGUGGAUGCCUGCAUUGAAGAUUACCUACAACAGUUACACUACACCUGCAGAUAAUACUUGCCCAUAGACAGACUGAGAUGCAUAGGGAAGGGAAACUACUGUAUCCAACAGUGUGUUCUCAUUGGAAUUGGUGUGUAAGGUGAGCAGAGACUUAUUUUUCCCUAAAUUUAUAUCAUGAUAUGGCAUUUUAGAUUUUUUUUCCUGUACAAUGUGGUAAUGGAAAACAAAAUAUAAUUAUUUUAUUGGUAACAAUGUGAACACCUAUUAUGUGAGUGAAUAGGUGAGAGUGCGAGAGUGAAUGAGCGAGAGAAAAUGACUGUGCACAUGUGCGCAUGCACCUGUAUAUGGUUGCAGGGGUUGAGUCACAGCUGUUGGGAGUGGCUUCUAAACUGUUGUAUCUGAGUGCCUCUGCAAACACAGUGAUUGUGUGAAUGAUGGUGAAGGUGAUUUUCUUUUUUUGGGUCACCCUGCCUCAGUGGGAGACAGCUGACGUGUUGAAGAAAAAAAUACAUAAUAUUUUUCAAAUGCACACACACAAUACAUACGCGUACGCACACACACUACAUGCGCUUACUCACAAUACACACAUAUACACACAAUACAUACAUGCACGCAAUACACACAUGCACUUGCAAUACACACACGCACUUGCAGUACACACGCACUCACAAUACACACGCACUCACAAUACACACGCACUCACAAUACACACACACACACA